GACACGACGCGUGGGACUGGAUGAUAAGCAUGUCGCAGUUUUUCAGUCAGAAUCUGAGCGCGUCACUAUACCGUUAUCAACCGGGUACCCUCGCCUAGAAAACACCGAGCCAAAUUUGUGACAUGUGGAUGCGUCUUUUUGAACGGCUAUAAUAAUAUAGGCCGCCGCCUAAUUCAAUUUCCUCUUGGAGAGGAGGGAGCAUUGAUCGCCGGACGCACAGACGUCCAUCCCAUAAUACCCGUCCCGUCCCCUCCUCAAAUCUGAAGGAGGCGCGCUGGUCUGCGGUCUACAGAGCGCACCGCCGAGCGUCUCCUUGUCGGACCACUUCAUCAAAGCGCAGAUCAAGAUAUCCAGUCCUUCUGUAUCAUGAGAACACUGUAGGAGAGCGAAACACGGAGCAUCUUCUAUUCGAGAUGGAGAAGGACUGAAGUGGCCGUCCCCAACAUGUUUGUGAAGAUGAAGGUCCCAGAGGGGGAAGCCUUUUCUCUCAGCGGAUAGAGGCGGUCAGGACUCAGGAUGCGCUCUCUGAGGAAGACCGUGCUGCUGGCCUUCUUGGUGUCGGUGGUGCUGGUGCUGGCGCUGCUGCACUCCUGGCCCACGCGCUCCUACGCCACGGUGGACGUGUCCCAGCGCCCGGGCUCCGACAAGCACCUGGAGGACCGCCUCCCCGACGCCGACCCCCGGUCCGGGGACAUCCCCUACCGCGUGAGGGAGGGCGUCGCCAGCCUGUUGGCCCGUAACGGCUGUGUCUGCGAGGGCAAGAGCGCCGCCGUCAACCUGCCCUUCUCCCUGCUGCUGUUCCCGCGGGUGUCGGCCUCGGCGCUGCACACCGCCUUCCAGGCCUCGGAGCUGGAGGCCCUGAAGGAGAGGCGGGCCAAGGAGUACCACAGCUUCCAGACGAGGACCCAGAGCCCAGCGGACGCCCUUCUGAUCGCUGAGGCCAACAGCCCCCUGCAGUACCCCACCCAGGGCGUGGCCGUGAGGCCCCUCAGAACCAUCCUCAUCCCAGGUUUGGCCUUACAUGACAUCCAUAAAGAAAACUACUCCCUGAACAUCACGGCCACCUUGGGAACCCUGAACGUGGCUGCUGAGGUCGAGGGGGUAAAGGUCAAAGGGGAUGGAGAGAUGCACAUGACCCUAUCCAGUAGUCUUCUCCCCAGCCUGAAUCGCCAGCUGCAGUUUGUGAGCUACACCAACACCCUGUUCCACCCCAGCACAGCCGACACCCUGCAACUUCAAACAGAAGGACAUCAAGCUGCCUUCAUUAUCAAGAUCGGUCAUGGAGCUACCCCCAAACUUUACAACACAGGCCCUAAAGGAGAAUACAACAUCAGCGCCCUUGUCACCAUCGCCACCAAAACCUUCCUGCGCUACGAUAAGCUCCAGGACCUCAUCGACAGCGUGAGAAAAUACUACCCCACCGUUACCAUAGCGAUCGCUGACGACAGCGAACACCCCCAAACUGUGUCCGGCCCCUACAUUGAACAUUACAUCAUGCCUUUCGGAAAGGGCUGGUUCGCGGGACGAAACCUGGCGGUCUCCCAGGUGACCACCAAGUACGUCCUGUGGGUGGACGACGACUUCAUCUUCUCGUCCAGCACCAAGCUGGAGAAGCUGGUGGAUGUGUUGGAGCGGACCACUCUGGACCUGGUGGGCGGGGCGGUGCGCGAGGCCACGGGCUACACCUCCACCUACAGGCAGACCAUCUCCAUCGAGCCGGGGCAGGAGGAGGGCGACUGCCUGCACAUGAGGCGGGGCUUCCAUCACGCCAUCGCCGGCUUCCCGGGCUGCGUGGUCACCGACGGCGUCAUCAACUUCUUCCUGGCCCGCACCGAGAAGGUGCAGCAGGUGGGCUUCGACCCCCGCUUGGCCCGCGUGGCACACCUGGAGUUCUUCAUCGACGGCCUGGGCUCGCUCCACGUGGGCUCCUGUGACGACGUCAUCGUCAACCACGCCACCAAGAUCAAGCUCCCCUGGGUCGGCCAAUCAGAGAGCGACAAGACGUAUGCCAAGUUCCGCUACCCCCCGGCGUCUUCGGACGCCGCCCACACCAAGAACGGCCUGCUGUUCUUCAAGAACCGGCUCCAGUGCAUGACGCACAACUAG